AGCAUUUCGUCGUAAGUUAUGUAGUGGGAAUGUACUAAGAUUAUUGUAAUAAAUAUUGUUUAUCAUAAAAAAUAAAUAUUAAAUAAUGGAUCCAAGUGAAGUAGAAUUUCUUGGUGAAAAAGAAUUAGUCACUAUUGUACCUAAUUUUAGUUUUGACACAAUUCAUUUGAUUUCUGGCUCAGUAGGUCCUUUCCGAGCUGGUUUACCUGUCAAAGUUCCGAUUUGGUUGGCUGUGAAUUUAAAACAACAGCAAAAGUGUCGAAUUAUUAAUCAAGAAUGGAUGAAUGCCGAAAGUUUGAAUGAAGCGAAGGAAGAAGAGAAAUUAUCAAAAUUAUUUACAAAAAUGCCUAGUAAUCAUUAUGUGGAUGAAACGCAGCUUUUAUUAAGUGCUGCAAGUGAUGAUAUACACGAAGCAGAUAACAUACGGACAGCAGUGAAGGAUUUAUGGGACAUACGAAUGUCAAAGCUUCGUACGUCUAUAGAUGCAUUCCUCAAAAGUGAUGGAAUGCAUGCAAAAUUAGAUCAUUUAACUGCUAUGGAAAUCAAUAGUGUGCGUCCAUUACUUCCACAUGCUCUUGAUCAAAUGAUGAGAAUUCAAACUAUUGGAAAAUCAACACAACUUUUAAAUAAGGUCAGCAACAUUUAAAUAAGGUAUAAUAAACGUUGAAUAUUUUCUUUUUUACAUAUUGUAAUAUUACGCUAUUGUAAUAUUAUUUUUUAGAACGUAA